UUAACCCCGCCCACUGAUUGAUUCUGCCUUUGAUGGAAGAAGCAGACGAAAACUUUACGAUUGUUUUUCUUCGAAAUGAGUUGGUUGAUGGCUUACGAAUUAAAUCCGAAUCAAACACUAAUCAAGUGUCUUUAAAAAUGAAAGAUAUUUAAUCAGAAGUCUAUAGUAUGAAAUUCAUGGAAGACGUAGUGAAAAAACGAACGCGUACCGUGCUUUCCGAACGAGGGUUUGCUGGAGCAGUAGGAGGAUGUGCUACUCGGUUCCUCUGCCAACCAUUUGAUGUGCUAAAAAUAAGAUUUCAAGUCCAAAUAGAGCCAAUCAGCAAAUCAAGUGGCAGUGCUGUCUAUAGAGGUAUUAUUCAAGGGUUGCAACAUAUUGUUAAGGGUGAAGGCUGGACAGCUCUCUGGAAGGGACAUGUUGCUGCACAAGCACUCUCAGCUACAUUUGGUUUUGUACAAUUUGGUUUAUUUGAGGGUAUCACCACAUAUGCCUUUGAGAAAUCUCCAUCUCUAAAGUCACUGCAAUCAGGAGUAAAUUUUUCAGCUGGUUUAGGAUCAGGAUGUAUGGCAACCAUAGUUUCCUUCCCUUUUGACACAAUUAGAACAAGGCUUAUAGUACAAGGAGAGCCAAAGAUUUACAAGGGUGUAAUUGAUGUAAUAUCAAAAAUGUGGGCAAAAGAAGGAGCCCUUUCUUUGUAUCAUGGAUUGUCACCUACCUUGAUCCAGAUUGGGCCAUACACAGGCUGCCAAUUUGCUAUUUACAAAUUUUUGAUUGAAAUGUAUGAAGAAGCCAUUGAUGGAAAAGGUGCUGGUCUUAAAAGUCUAACCUGUGGAGCUGUGGCAGGAGCAGUUGCCAAGACUCUUGUUUAUCCGCUGGACCUGGGAAAAAAACGAAUGCAGUUGCAAGGAUUCUGUAAUAGGCAUCAAUAUAAGGGUCUGUUAGAUUGCCUCGCAACAACCGUCCGAAAUGAGGGAUUAGCUGCAUUGCUCAAAGGUCUUAGCCCUAGCCUUCUCAAGGCAGUUUUUUCAUCAGCGCUCCAAUUCUAUUUUUACGAAACUACUUUGGAGUUUCUUACUAGGUCAAACGUUCGAGUGAAAUGUUAGGCCAAUUUAAUGAUCAACCAGCUGUUUCUCAUUUAUGUUUCAAACGAACCGAAGAUGCCAAUGUUCUGUUACAUUAAAGAAUUUAUUAGAUUUAAAAGAACAAAUAUGUCUUACACUUGUUGAACUUUCUAGGAAGCUUGACUUUAUAAUAAUCAUUUUUUGAAAUAUGCCGAUGGUUUUGAAUUAGGCGGAUUUCUUUCGGCUGACUUUUCUUUGCGUACAAGUCCGCCAUAUGAUUUAGGCUGAAAGUAUUUUGGAUCUAGUGGUUCGUCAUUUUCUCUAAUUAUAAAAAAAAAGUCUUUAUCUUGUGUCCAAUAUAAAUUAGAAAGUUAGGUUCACCUAUUCUCGAGCGUUUGACCCAAUUGCAGUGGAGAGGACCUUAGUGAGGACAUAGGAAUUUUGGGUCCUACGCCAUUAACAUCGUUUGGCGUUGAAAACCAUUGAGGAUUUCUGCCUGUGGUUUCGGAUCUGAGCUGGAGAUCGUUGAGUUGUUUGUUCAGAUAUGAUAUAACUAAUAUUUGAAAAAUGCAAGAAGUGCGUUAACUUAGCAAGUUUAAGGGAGAGGAGAGGGUCGUUAGAUUACUCUGCUCGUUGUUUUUCAUAGCUGAUUCUUUUUCUUCGUUUUUACUUCGAAGUUCAACAACUUCAUCCUGCAACUUUGAAUGUCCAUUUAACUCAUCUCGCAAACGUGCGAUUUCAUCGUCUCUAUGUUGCAAUACUUUUUCUUGUUCCCUUGCAACAUCUGUGCGGGUUUUCAACUGUAUAAAGAUUGAAGAGUGGAUAUCGCACUUUAUCAAAAGCAAUAAUAAACGUACCUUUUGAUUCAA